CUAGAAGACUAAAUCUGUUGAGAAUAUUGAAUAGAUUUUGAAAUGCUUAAUACAUUUACAUAUUUACAUUAGUCAUGAUUAAUCAGUCCCUACUGUACAUCCAUGGAUUCCAGGAGGAUUUAGAAAGUUAUUUAGACAUAGUUCUUAUUUGACUAAGUGAAAAGUGCAUUCUUCCCAUGGAGCGUGAUUGGCUGGAUUUUGCAUAAAGUACAUUUCUUUUUGAAUCGGCGAUCAUUUCCAUUAGCAUGAUUAAAUGGGAGUCCUGCCAUUUUGAACUUCACACAGAGAUGUGCAACCUUCAACAGCCAGAUAAGGAGUCACCUGUACAUACAUGUAUACAUGUACUUACCGAUAUAUCCCUUAAUCUACAGGGGUAUUCACCAGAUGGUGUUGAUUAUCAACGAAGGUACCCCAGAGCCGGAGCUUUCAUGAGCAUCUUGAGCCUUCCUCGAUGAUUUAUAGCAAUAGUUCGAUGGACCUUCCCAGAAGCUUUGUGACCAUAGCUGAUGCAUUAGUGAACGUUCACUGGAUCAUCCCGAUGCCUAACGUGCCACUACUUCAGUUAUUUUUGGCAAAAACAUUGGGAGCCAUCGGAAGAAAACUUGUUUAUUUCCACAUCGUCGACGAUUUUUACCCAGUGGGACCUAGGCAUUAACUGACUUAUUAUCAAAAAAAGAGUAUUGCUAAAUUUUGUGACCUUGAUAUACAUGUAUUUUACAUGUACUUGUGAUUUUAGGCAUUUUCCUGCAGUGCAGUGAAAAUAAUAAAAAUGCUAUAUUUUCUUACCCAAUUAAAUUGGAUAACAAAAUAUUAAUUUUUUCAAAAGUUAUUGACAAAACAUGUAAUCAGUAAAACCUUAACUCUGACAAAUCGUUCUUGAGGAAAUGGGUUUGGUAAAUUGCAUUGUUACACACAGUUGUAAUAUCUAACCGUAUCCCUUUAAUACAUAAAUUGAAAUGGAUUUGUCAUUUUUUUGUGAGGAAAUUAAAGAAACUGAGUGAUUAGAUAAAACAACGUGGUAUUUAUCAGCAUUUUGAUUAGAAUUAAAUAACGUGUCACAAUAGUGAUGGCUUGUGAUAAGAAAGAUUAGAUUGGCAUGACUAAAAAUUGAUUUUUGACAGACUAAGGAUAAAUUAUUUAUUGUAAUAAUAAUGUGUUAGCGCUAACAUGUAAUUGCUUUAAUUUUUUAGAAGUAACAGUAAUCUAAUCAGAUUAUGAUCUUAUGUACACAGAAAAAACUACAUUUCCGAUGUAGUUAUAGAAGAGUCUAACAUCUGAUUGCCAACACCUUUUAAAAAUGACAGAGCCAGGUGCUGGAUUUGAUUCACGAGGCCUUGGCCUACGUGCCCAGAAAAAACUGCUAGGGAAAAUGUCUGGAAAGAAAAUGGCUAAAGUGUUUAUUGAUGAUACUACUGGCCGAGUACUUGAUAAUACUCAUAGAAUUAUUAAGGAAUUCACUGGAACUAAAAAGGAGUCAGAAAAAACAUUAAAGUAUUUGAUAAAGACAGUUGUAAAAAUAGGUAUUCUUUAUAAAAAUGACCAGUUUAACGGAGAGGAAUUAAAAAUGGUUGAAAAUUUUAAGCAGAAAUUUCAUUCGCUAGCAAUGACAGUGGUGAGCUUCCAUGAAGUGGAUUUUACAUACGAUCGAAGCUAUUUACGCAAGUCCCUAGAAGAAUGUAAAGCUAUUCUACAAUCACUAGUGGCAAGACACUUAACAGAAAAAUCUAAAAAUCGUAUUGAUAUCGUUUUUGAUUUCUUCCAAAACCCAGAACUGUUGGAUUCUGUUUUUCAAACUGACAGUCAAUAUAAAGACAUCAUGGAUUUAAUAGUGAAAGAUUUGAAUAAAAUGAUGGAUGAGGGCAAUUUAUAACCCAUGCAAAAUAUUAUAUUAUAUUUCUAUUAUUAAUAUGCAAAAGUGAGCAACCAAAUGCAUCAACAUUGAACUGUUGGAAUUGUUGGCUUUAUCAUAUUGUUGGAUAGUGCUUCAGAUAGUUGUAAUAUAACCAGGUACUCACUCCAUUUUUGGUGAAAAAUAACAGACGUAAAUAUUUUUGGAGGUCGGGUGGUGGUUGUCCUGUAAUACACUUAUGAAUUAUCUCUGUGUGUGUAAUUAAUUUGACUAAAAUUCUUCAAAUGGUGCCGUGUCUGUACCAAUAAAUAAUAAAAAACGAUGACAUUUUGAUGUGGAUGUAUAUUGUUGUUGCCCCUGUCCGUCCGUCCGGACGUUCGUUCACAUUUUGUUUGUGGACAUUGUGCAGGUCACAAUUAUUAUCUAAUUUUGCCACGGUUUUAGCUUGUGGACACUUUAGAUUUUGGUUCCUUUCGCUAUUGGUGCAUAUUGGACUGUAACUUCCUGAAUUAUGGCCCCUGAUUGUACGAAAAUUGUGUUUCAAGUUUGUGGAACCUCUAGAGGUCACAACUUUUAUCUGAUUUUGAAGAAACUUAAACUACCUGUUUAUGUGCCAAGAUCUAUCACCCCUGAUUGUACGAACAAUUUUUUUUUUUUUUUUUUUUUUUUUUACGCAAGCUUUGUCUCUAUCCAUCUCUUGCAAAAUGUGAGCAAAUCUUGCUUUGGCAACCACUUGUUUUAAAGACUAAAAAGAAAAAUAAUGUACAAUUAUUGACAUAUAUUACAUACCAUGACAUGAUAUUCAGCUGAAUUCUGUCAGCUGUUUAUAUAUUAUCGUAUCUAUGUAUUGAAAUGGCAACUGUACAGUAGAAUUAAAUAAUCAAACAUAAACAAUGCUGUUUAAAUAAAGAUCAGUGCCAAAUAAU